CGUUGAAAUGAUUCGUUCGAUUGCCUUCACAAUUUACGUCAUAAACAUUUUUAUCGUUCUCUAACUUGUGACCUUACGUGCGACAUUGAAGACUGAUUAUGUGAUGUGUUUCGUUCUUGCGUAACCCGAAAAAAAGUUGAAUGAAAAGGAAGCGCAGUCGGGUGAAGGGAGCGAUCGCAUUUUGACACUUCGGCUGUCCGAAAAAUCUGGAUAACUUCAAGCACUCGCUCAGGAAUAAUUUAAGAUGAUUGAAAAUGUAACUUGGACUAUUGCUGGUGUUAUAGUGGUCUUCGCUUUCAUAAAAUGGUAUCUUGGUAGAAACGAUGACUAUUGGGAGAAGAGAGGCGUACCUUAUGCGCCGCGCAUCAGUUACUUCGGACUGUUGUUCAAGCUCGCUUUUUAUGACAUUACCGAUCUUUUGAAAGACAUGGCAAAUAAGCCAUUUGGAAAAGUAUUUGGUUCAUUCGAAGGCAGCCUGCCUACCGUUGUCGUCGCCGAGCCGGAACUUUUGCGGGAUAUACUUGUUAAGGAUUUCCAUAUCUUCCCUUACAGAAGGCCUAUGACCACCGGAGAUCCUAUUGCCGACAACAUGGUCAGCCUAAUGAUUGGAGAAGACUGGAAACGGGUUCGAACUAUUAUUACUCCAGCAUUCACUUCCAAGAGGAUGAGACAGAUGAGUUCUAUCAUAAAUGAGUGCUCAAAAUCAGUCGUGGAAGUGUGCGAAGAAUAUUGCAAUAAGGGUAAACCAGUCAACUUCAAAAGCACCUUUGGGGCUUUCACUAUGGACGUGAUUGCAAAGUCAGCGUUUGGAACUCAAAUAAAUUCCCACAAGGACCCACAGAAUGAAUUUGUGAGAAAAGUUCGCAAAAGCUUUCUCAAUUUCACCAUCCCACGCAUGAUGCUUUCCAUCCUGCUGCCCAGCUGGUUAUUGAAAUGUCUUCCUUCCAGUCUCAACCCGAUGAGGUUCGACAAGGACAACUUCUUCCGCGAUGUCACGAUGCGCAUCAUUCAAAAGAGGACAGAGACUGGGAUGAGGUACAGCGACUUCUUGCAGCUCUUGAUGGACGCGGCCGACGAAAAUUCUCAAACCGAACAAGUUGAGGUUGUCGAAGAUGAAACGGAUCAAUUCGGAAGCAUCACAAGCCAUAACGGAUUAUCGACUUCUGGCAAAUACAAACAUCUAUCUGAGGAUGAAUUGCUGGCACAAUGCAUCUUGUUCUUCAUGGUUGGAUACGAGACCACAGCGACGGUGCUCACAUUCCUUGCUUAUUGCCUGGCAGUGAAUCCAGAAUGGCAAGAGAAGGUCAUAAAAGAAGUGGAUGAAGCAUUUCAACACCACAAGGAAAUGAGUUACGAUGCUGUGCGAGACAUGAAAAUUUUGGAUGCUGUGCUUUCGGAAACCCUCAGAAUGCACCCACCUGCUGCAUCUACAGAGAGAACUUGCGUGGAGGACUACGAACUUGUGAAUACAGGAAUUAGGGUUAAAAAGGGUAUGCGAAUUGCGAUUCCCGUUUAUGGAAUACACUACCAUCCGGAUUACUUCCAAGAUCCGAACACAUUUAAUCCAGAAAGGUUUAUGGAUUCUUAUGAGCCAAAACAUCAUCCGUAUGCUUACCUGCCUUUUGGCGCGGGGCCCAGAAAUUGUCUUGGAAUGCGCUUCGCCCUACUGGAGAUUAAAAUCUGUAUCUGCAAUCUUGUAUCUACAAAAGUUCCCUUGCAAUAUCAGAAAGGAAUGGUGCUUCUUUCUGUAAAUGAGCUUCCUCUUCUCUUGGAGAGAAGAACAGAUGUCAAGCAGAAAGUUUAGCAUCAGAAACAACAUGUAUUUUAAACGUAAUGCGUUUAAACAAAUGUGAUUACUAUAAAUCAAUAAACGCAAAAAU